UAGGACGGAACGCCUUUUAGACGGCGUCUGUGAUUUCUGCCGUUCCUAAUCGUUCUAUAGAAAUAAUUAACAGACUCUCCUUCGAUAAAAUGUGAGACUUCUGAGGUCGAUGAAACAUCGUGGGAUUUUUGAUGGGGCUACUAUAGCAGACUGAGCGUCUCCGAGGGUCCAAAGGAGCCCCGGUCUGUAGGAACCGCUUCAUGCUACGUGUCGAGCGGCUGCGGCAGCCCGUUAGCCCCUCCUGCUAACGGCUCCAACUCAAAGCAUGAACCCCCCAGCUCCCCUACAGAGGUCCGGGAUGGAUGACCUAAACCUGGAGGAAUGAAGGCCAAGUUUAACUGCGAUACAGACCGUUAACAAAGUCUGACAGAAGGGGGCUAAAACAUGAUGUAUUCAUCCAGAAGAAAGCCAGUGCUCUACUUCAGAGAGGAAAGAAGGAUGCUGUGGGGUAAAUGCACCAUUUACAAGCUGUUUGGCCUCUGCAUGGUGCUGGUAGUCGUCUCUCUGCUGUGGCUGCAGCUCAGCUGUUCGGCUGACAUGGCCUCAGCAGCGCAUCAUAACCAGCGUGACCCCCAGCCGCCGCCACCAGCUUGUCCCACUCCAGAAAGCCAGUCGUCUGCAGUGGAUGACCCCACCUGGGGUCCGCACAAGCUGGCUGUGGUGGUCCCCUUCAGGGAACGCUUCGAAGAACUGCUGGUGUUCGUUCCGUUCAUGCACAAGUUUCUCAACAAGAAAAAGAUCCGCCAUAAGAUCCUGAUCAUCAACCAGGUGGAUCACUACAGAUUCAAUCGAGCAUCUUUGAUCAACGUGGGCUACAUGGAGAGUGGGAACGACACAGACUACCUGGCCAUGCACGACGUGGACCUGCUGCCUCUUAAUGAGGCUCUGGACUACGGCUUUCCUGAAGACGGACCGUUCCAUGUGGCCUCGCCGGAGCUGCACCCGCUCUACCACUACAAGACCUACGUGGGAGGAAUCCUGCUGCUCAGCAAGAAGCACUAUCACAUGUGCAAUGGGAUGUCGAACCGUUUCUGGGGUUGGGGCAGGGAGGAUGACGAGUUCUAUCGAAGGCUAAGAAAAGCAGAAUUACAGCUGUUCCGGCCAAGUGGAAUCACGACAGGAUAUAAAACCUUCCUUCACAUCCAUGACCCGGCCUGGAGGAAGAGAGACCAGAAGAGAGUCGCUGCUCAGAAACAGGAGCAGUUUAAGGUGGAUCCUGAGGGUGGGCUGACUAACCUCAAGUACCAGGUGGAGUCCCGGCAGGAGCUGACUAUCAGCGGGGCUCCCUGCACCAUCAUCAACACCAAACUAGAGUGCGAUCAGAGCACGACGCCGUGGUGUCUGCUUAGUUAGCUGAGCCGGUGUCUCCAGGAACACGUGGAGAUCUAGAAACUGGAGUAAACUCAAACAAACCAGCAGUGUUAUCUUGUCUAGGUACAUGAUCUGAAUAUUGGAUGCAGUGGCUCUUCUCCAAUAAAUGGACAUGAACUUUUCAUAUGCAGGGUCAAGGAGGCGGAGCCUAUGAUGCUGGUAUUCCUCUCCUGAUGCUUUCUCUGGUACUUCCAGAAUUUUAAGUCUGGCUUUAGUUUUUAGGAUGGACCCAGGGCCCCGCAUGCUUUACCAUCGUGCUGCAGUUUCAGAUGAACAGUUUUUUUUUUUAUGCUUUUCGAGAUGAUCAAAUGUUGCUCAGAACAAACAAAGGUCCUUCACUGAAUUGCUUAAUUUUUCCUGCUGAUUCUGUUAAAAGGAAGAGAAUUAGCCUUGAUGUCUCUUAUGGAAGAUAUAAGGUCCUUUUUUAUUCUUUUUAUGAAAAUGUUGCAUAAGUUAAAAACAAAGUCUUUAUAAAUAUGUCUGCUGUGUCCCAUUUCUAAGAAUUAUAUUUCAAUAAUU